CCGUUCCCUGCCCUGCCCUGGGCCCAGGGGGCCGCGGCCUGAACUUUGGUCAGCUGGAGGAGUCGCCCUGGCAGAUUGACUGGCGGAAGUUUUUCUGACCACAGCCCCUGACCUCCGUCAGAAAUGGGGAACGUGCAGUCGGAGUCGUCCGCGGGCGGGGGCUCCCGAAAAGAGCAGGCCUUGGACCCGUCCUCCGACUCCCGCCGGACAUCACUGUUGGAGCCCAAGGGGACCCCCUCCUCCCCGGCCAUGCGCCUGGCUCGCGGGCUGGGCGUCUGGUUCCCUGGCAGCUCCACGUCCCCGGGCCUCCUGGUACCCCCAGAGCCCCAGGCCUCACCCUCACCCCUGCCCCUGACCUUAGAACUGCCCUCGCCAGUGACGCCCCCUUCAGAGGAGGCGACUGCGGCCGCGGUCUCCACACCACCCCCGUCCCCCGUGGGGACCCUGCUGCCCGCGCCAUCUAAGUGGCGAAAACCCACAGGCACUUCGGAGCCCCGGAUCCGCGGUCUGCUGGAGGCGAGCCAUCGCAGCCAGGGCGACCCUCCCAACCUCCGCCCGCUGCCGCCGCCGCCCCGGCAACUAACCGGAGAGGACCCCGACCCUGUCCCGAGGGCCCCAUCCCCGACUCCGCCGCCCUUGGAGCCGCCACUACCGACACCUUCCGACCAGCAGCCCCCAGAACGCAGAAGCACUCCUGCUCUGGCCACGUCCGCCGCAACCCCUACAGAAAGCCAGGCCAGGCACGGUAGCGAGGGCCAGACGACCGGCAGAGGGGCACCUCCCCAAGCAGGCGAGGGCGAAAUGGCCCGGCCUGUGGCCUCCGAGCCCGGCCUGAGCCUGUUGUGUAAAGUCACCUUCAAGUCGGGGCCCCAACUGUCCCCUGCGGCAGCGUCGAGUUCCUUAGCGGCCAAAGCCUCUCUCGGGGGCGGCGGCGGAGGAGGACUCUUCGCCGCCGCCUCGGGCGCCAUCUCCUACGCUGAGGUCCUGAAGCAGGGACCCCUGGCUCCUGGGGCGUCUCGCCCCUCGGGAGAGGUCCCUCGGGGAACUCAUGAAGCAGAGGGCGGUGAUGGAGACGGCGAGGGGUGUUCUGGACCACCCUCGGCGCCUGCGUCCCACGCCCGGACCCUUACUCCUCCAUCCUACACCACCUUUGUAGGCUCGAAGCCCAAAUUUGACUGGGUGAGCCUCCCUGAUGGCCCUGAACGCCAAUUUCGCUUCAGUGGAGCUGGCGGAGGCGUCGGGGCGCCCCGACGGCGCGCAGUCGCGCUCUCAGGGCCCAGGGGCUCCCCGCCGCCUCCGCCAGGGCGGAUGCAUCCAGCUCCCAGGCCCCGGAGGCCCGCACCCACCUUGCUGGCGCCACCUGUGUUCAUCUUCCCGGCGCCCACCAAUGGCGAGACUGUGCGCCCCGGGCCUCCCAGCCCGCAGGAGUUGCUGCCGCCGCCGCCAGCGCCGCCGCCGCCGCCCACGCCACCACCCACGCCGCCUCCCGCGCCGCAGCCGCCAGUACUCCAGCCAACGCGGCUGCCCGUGGCGCUCCCGCCCACCCCAAGCCCUGGCCACUUGGAGUCGGCCGUGGCUCCCGCCCCGGCUCCCGCUCUGCCCCUCGCCUUGGCCGCUGACCGGGCCCCAGGCCCGGCCUCACCCCCGGCUCCAGCUCCCACCGUGGCUGAGCCAUCGCCACCUGCGCCCGCGCCCGUCAAGGUCCGCACGCGCCGGAACAGGGGUCCCCGCGCAGCCCGGGCCGCUCCGCGUGAGGAUGGCGCGCCUGGAGAUGGUCCUCGCGAAUGUACUGCAACUACUGUGACUGACAGCGGUGGUGGAGGGGGGGGUGGCAGCGGGGCUCCUCCAGCGGGGACGGUUAACUCGGGCGCCACGCGCCACUGGCCACCCUUCCAGGUGCUUAAGUCUUGUCCCUUCAAGUGUUACUGCCGCCACCAGCCACGCCAUCGCCGCCUGCCACGCAACGUGUCUGCCUGGCUGAGCACACCCACCAACCACCUGAGUGAGCCACCCUGGGUCACCACCAUCAAGCUGGCCGGCUCCCUGGUAGCUGGGCUGGAGCACUACGACUUGCAGGCUACCCAUUCCAACUGAGUGCAGUCUGCUCAAUGCCCUCUGCCUUCCCCUCCUUGACAAUAAAAUAAC